AUCUGUGUAGCCCCAGCAGUGCCACCUGUCAGUGUCCAUCAGUGCCAACUGUCAGUGCUCAUCCAUGCCACCUGCCAGUGCCCAUCAGUGCCACAUAUCAGUGCCUAUCAGUGCCGCCUAUCAGUGUGCAUCAGUGCCCAUCAGUGCUGCCUAUCAGUGCCACCUAACAGUGCCACCUAUCAGUGCCAUAUAUGAGUGCUGCCUUUCAGUGCCCAUCAGUGCCACCUACCAGUGCCUCCUCAUUAGUGCCCAUCAGUGCCACCUAUCAGUGUCCAUCAGUGCAGCCUCAUUAGCGCACAUCAGUGAAGGAGAAAAAUCACUUAUUUACAAAAUUUUAUAACAAAAACUAA